UCACACAACAAAUCGUUCGUCUACCUGUUGACACGAUUAUCUACCAGCUGACAUGAUGGAUAACGAAGACUGGGACGAUCUGAUGGAGAUCAUCAACGCAGAUUUGGCCAGCAUGGCUGAAAAGAAAGAACCGGUUGUAGCUGCUCCAAGUUUGGCAAACGUCAACCAAGGUUCACCUGUUUUGAUAUUGGGACAGAUUUGUUAUAAAUUGGUCCCAAGCGGAGCUGUCAUUCCUCCUCCUUUGGUCCCAAACGGACUUCUCGUUCCUCCUCCUGUGGUCCCAAACGGAGUUCUCGUUCCUCCAUCUUUGGUCCCAAGCGGAGCUCUCGUUCCUCCUCCUCCUCCUCCUUCUCCAACAACACCUCCUCUUCUGCCACCAAAACCAAAAAAAAUGAAGACCGUGGAAGGUCCCUACAUUAAGAAGCCUCCAAAUGCCUUCAUGAUAUUCAUGCAGGAAAACCGGCCUCUCGUCAAGGCCCAAUUUUUUAACAUUGACAGCGCCAACGUCAAUAAAAUCCUGGGUCAGAUGUGGAAGUCGCUGACGCCGGCCCAGCAGGACCCGUACUUCCAAGAGUCGGAGCGCCUCAGCCGGCUCCACGCCGACAUGCACCCGGAGUGGACCUGCAGGGACAAUUACGGCAGAAAGCAAAAGAGAAAGUGGGGCAGGGCAGCAAGAACUUCAAACAAUGUGACCAUCCCUGCACCUGUACUGGCACCGCCGCCUUUCAAGCCCAGUAACGAGGGACCCGGACCAGCCCCGACCUCCAUUUUGGGACUGGCGGACUCUGCUUGGUCGCCGUCCUGCUCGGACGCGGGCCUCGAGGCGGAACUGUUGUCCGACUUGUUCCAACAGCUGGAGGAUUUGCAGCCGGUCAACGCAGCGGAGCUGCUGCCGCCGCCGCCGCUGCCGCAGUCCUCUUUUUGCUACACGGCGGACGUGGAAGAUCUAGAGAGAUCUACACUGGACAUUAUGCAAUAUUAUAGAUAGACUUUUAAUGUUUUCAAAUUACUUUACAACCCUAUGUAUUCAACACUUAUUGCUUGUCUUUUUAUUGUUGUAUAUAAAAAAAGAAUCAAUUAUAUUGUGGGUUUUAACCUCACAUUUUUAUCAGAUGAAAAUACUCACUUAUUAAAACAAUGCCUUGCAGAAAUAGGAACUUGUCAUUUUUUCCCCCUCCCAAAAAUAAUAUUUGUCAUUCUGCAAAGUAAUAAGUGGUGUUAUUAGAAGCCACCAACACAUGACUACGAUUCUUCCGCACAGCAGAAGAUCUGAUGAAAGCGGCGGCAUACUUUGUUAACAAAUCAAUGUCAUUACAAGGGUGGAUGUCAUUCAAUCUUAUGAAAUUGAUUUUUUUUCUAUAAAGUGCACUUUUUGGUGUAAUUCCAGAGUUCACCAGCAGAGGGAAAACACAUACUGUACUUCAAAGUAACUGUUCAUUAACUGCUGCUCAAAAGUUCAGUCAAGAAAUGUCAUCAUCAUAAGUAUUGUAUGAAUUUUUUCAUCAAUUUUCUAUCAAUUAGGAUCAAUGAUUUUUCCUCAUUAAUUUUAUCGGGAAGAUGUAAUGAAUAGAGGAGUUCCACGGUCACAUUUAGUCUAGAUAAAAUUGUGUGACGGUUGCAAUAGUUUUGUGUAUGAAUUCUCCAUUCAUCCAUUUUCUUUGCUGCUUAUGCUCACAAGUGUCGAGGGGAGUGCUGGAGACUAUCCCAGCUGUCAACGGGCAGUAGGCAGGGUACACCCUGAAUUGGUCGCCAGCCAAUCGCAGGGCACAUAGAGACGGACAGACGCACUCACAAUCACACCUAGGGGCAAUUUAGAGUGUCCAAUUAAUGUUGCAUGUUUUUGGGAUGUGGGAGGAAACCGGAGUGCCCGGAGGAAACCCAUGCAGGCACGGGGAGAACAUGCAAAGCGGUUCCGGGAUUGAACCCGGUACCUCAGGC